AACGUCGAAGAAGAAGCUUCCCGUGGACAUGUGGGACAUUCAACAUGGCGCCGCCAGGAGGGAAAAUAAACAGACCGAAAACUGAACUCGGAAGGAAUCUGUUCAAGCGUCGUAGAGUCUUGAGCCGAGAAAAGAGGAAGAGGCAUCAGAUCGUCGGCGCUGUGGUCGACCAGGGUCUGAUCACCGUCCAUCACCUGAAGAAGAGGAAGUCGAGUCCGAGGGCAAACAUCACUCUUUCAGGGAAGAAGAAACGAAAGCUGCUCAAACAGCUGCAGCACAUGCAGCAGGAGAAGACGUCUAUGGAAGUUGUUGCAGCAUCAGCAGCAGCUCCACCUCAGAAGAAACAAGACUCCUCAGCAGCUCCGGCUAAGAAAAAGAAGAAGAAGAGGAAGAAUAAGAAGGCGGGAGCAGGUGGAGCUCAGGAGGACGUAGACAUGGUGGACGCUGAAUGAGACACCGUCCUCCUGUGUGGAACAGUGAGGACAUGAGAGCAGAAACUGACUCUCAAAAUGGUGGCUGAUAAAUUCACUCAUAUGCAGCCUAAACUCAGAUUUUAUGGGUGACUGCAGUGCCACCGAGUGGCCACUAGGUGUCAGCGAUUCUCAACAUUUUAUUUCUCCCAUUUUCUUGCCUGGAAAAAAAAAGACUUCCAUUCAUUCACCCUUUAAAACGAUGACGUAAUGUGUUAGUUUUGUUGUUUUUGAGCUUCUAUAUGAAGUGAAAUAUGCUUCUGUGGUUUAGAUGAGACAAUAAAACGUGACGUUCA